GGCUGGACCCCUCUAGAGCCCCAGCCUCCGCCGCCCACCGAGCCUUCACCUGCGCCUGUCGCCCUGUCCCCUUGCCCACUGCAUUUUCCUCGGGGAGAGGAUCUUCCACUGCCUACAGCCGGGGGAGGAGAGGCUGCUAGGAGGCUCUCAGAGAGCUCCUGGGCUUCAGAGAAAGAUGCCUUGCCCCUGCGGCUGAGGCAAAGUCAGCCAGAGCGGGCCGGGCGCUGGCAGAUAGCUCUCCCAGGGCCGGGGAGGGGGAGGCCGCACGGGGUGGGGUCCCGGUGGCCGCCGCCUUCCAGCCCCCGCCAAGGUCCCGAGGGGAGGGGAGCCCUCGGCGGGAGGCCUGUCCCUUUAAGGAGGCGGCCCUGGCUGGGUGUGACCCGUCUCCAUGGUUACCCCGGUGCAGGCUGCGGGAGGGUGGGAGGGAGGCUGCCGCUUCUCCCCGACAGACGGAGGGAGCUGCGGAGAGCCGGCGCCGAGCGGAGCCCGAGCGGUAGCCCACCUGCAGCAGACACUGGAGCCGCUGCCCGUGCGGAGAGCGCCGCGGCCGCGGGGCCUGGAGCCCAGGAUUCGUGGGCCGCGAGGGCGCUAGGGGCCGCGCGCCAUGCUCCGGGCCCCGACGGCGCGGACGCCCCCUCACGCGCCCGCGGCCGGCGCGACCCGGGAUCCCAGCCUGGGCAUUGCCCCCCGACGGCUGCGCUAGGGAGCGCGGGGCCCGGCGGGGGGCGGCCGAGCUGGGCGCCCUCCCCCGGUGCGGAGUCCCCGCACCCCGGAGGGAUGGGGCGGGAAGCCGCGGGCGCCUAAGAUGCCGGCCAUGCGGGGCCUCCUGGCGCCGCAAAACACCUUCCUGGACACCAUCGCUACGCGCUUCGACGGCACGCACAGUAACUUCGUGCUGGGCAACGCCCAGGUGGCGGGGCUCUUCCCCGUGGUCUACUGCUCUGAUGGCUUCUGUGACCUCACGGGCUUCUCCCGGGCUGAGGUCAUGCAGCGGGGCUGUGCCUGCUCCUUCCUUUAUGGGCCAGACACCAGUGAGCUCGUCCGCCAACAGAUCCGCAAGGCCCUGGACGAACACAAGGAGUUCAAGGCUGAGCUGAUCCUGUACCGGAAGAGCGGGCUCCCGUUCUGGUGUCUCCUGGAUGUAAUACCUAUAAAGAAUGAGAAAGGGGAGGUGGCCCUCUUCCUGGUCUCUCACAAGGACAUCAGUGAAACCAAGAACCGAGGGGGCCCCGACAGAUGGAAGGAGACAGGUGGUGGCCGGCGCCGAUAUGGCCGGGCACGAUCCAAAGGCUUCAAUGCCAACCGGCGGCGGAGCCGGGCCGUGCUCUACCACCUGUCUGGGCACCUGCAGAAGCAGCCCAAGGGCAAGCACAAGCUCAAUAAGGGGGUGUUUGGGGAGAAGCCAAACUUGCCUGAGUACAAAGUAGCCGCCAUCCGGAAGUCGCCCUUCAUCCUGUUGCACUGUGGGGCUCUGAGGGCCACCUGGGACGGCUUCAUCCUGCUUGCCACACUCUAUGUGGCUGUCACCGUGCCCUACAGCGUGUGUGUGAGCACAGCACGGGAGCCCAGUGCUGCCCGAGGCCCGCCCAGCGUUUGUGACCUGGCCGUGGAGGUCCUCUUCAUCCUUGACAUUGUGCUGAAUUUCCGUACUACAUUCGUGUCCAAGUCGGGCCAAGUGGUAUUUGCCCCAAAGUCUAUUUGCCUCCACUACGUCACCACCUGGUUCCUGCUGGAUGUCAUCGCGGCGCUGCCCUUUGACCUGCUACAUGCCUUCAAGGUCAACGUGUACUUCGGGGCCCACCUGCUGAAGACUGUGCGCCUGCUGCGCCUCCUGCGCCUGCUCCCAAGGCUGGACCGGUACUCACAGUACAGUGCUGUAGUGCUGACACUGCUCAUGGCCGUGUUUGCCCUGCUCGCACACUGGGUGGCCUGCAUCUGGUUUUACAUUGGUCAGCGGGAGAUCGAGAGCAGCGAAUCGGAGCUGCCUGAGAUUGGCUGGCUGCAGGAGCUGGCCCGCCGACUGGAGACCCCCUACUACCUGGUGGGCCGGAGCCCAGCUGGAGGGAACAGCUCCGGCCAGAGUGACAACUGCAGCAGCAGCGAGGCCAACGGGACCGGGCUGGAGCUGCUGGGCGGCCCGUCGCUGCGCAGCGCCUACAUCACCUCCCUCUACUUCGCGCUCAGCAGCCUUACCAGCGUGGGCUUCGGCAACGUGUCCGCCAACACGGACACCGAGAAGAUCUUCUCCAUCUGCACCAUGCUCAUCGGCGCCCUGAUGCACGCGGUGGUGUUUGGGAACGUGACGGCCAUCAUCCAGCGCAUGUACGCCCGCCGCUUUCUGUACCACAGCCGCACGCGCGACCUGCGCGACUACAUCCGCAUCCACCGGAUCCCCAAGCCCCUAAAGCAGCGCAUGCUGGAGUACUUCCAGGCCACUUGGGCCGUGAACAACGGCAUUGACACCACUGAGCUGCUGCAGAGCCUCCCUGACGAGCUGCGCGCAGACAUCGCCAUGCACCUGCACAAGGAGGUCCUGCAGCUGCCGCUGUUCGAGGCAGCCAGCCGCGGCUGCCUGCGGGCGCUGUCCCUGGCCCUGCGGCCCGCCUUCUGCACGCCGGGCGAGUACCUCAUCCACCAAGGCGAUGCCCUGCAGGCCCUCUACUUUGUCUGCUCUGGCUCCAUGGAGGUGCUCAAGGGUGGCACCGUGCUCGCCAUCCUAGGGAAGGGCGACCUGAUCGGCUGUGAGCUGCCCCGACGGGAGCAGGUGGUAAAGGCCAAUGCCGAUGUGAAGGGGCUGACGUACUGCGUCCUGCAGUGUCUGCAGCUGGCCGGCCUGCACGACAGCCUUGCGCUCUACCCUGAGUUUGCCCCGCGCUUCAGCCGUGGCCUCCGAGGGGAGCUCAGCUACAACCUGGGUGCUGGGGGAGGCUCUGCAGAGGUGGACACCAGCUCCCUGAGCGGUGACAACACCCUUAUGUCCACGCUGGAGGAGAAGGAGACAGAUGGGGAGCAGGGCCCCGCGGUCUCCCCAGCCCCAGCUGAUGAGCCCUCUAGCCCCCUGCUGUCUCCUGGCUGCACCUCCUCAUCAUCGGCUGCCAAGCUGCUAUCCCCACAUCGAACAGCACCCCGGCCUCGUCUAGGUGGUAGAGGGAGGUCAGGCAGGGCAGGGGCUUUGAAGGCUGAGGCUGGCCCCUCUGCUCCCCCACGGGCCCUAGAGGGGCUACGGCUGCCCCCCAUGCCAUGGAAUGUGCCCCCGGAUCUGAGCCCCAGGGUAGUAGAUGGCAUUGAAGACGGCUGUGGCUCCGACCAGCCCAAGUUCUCUUUCCGUGUGGGCCAGUCUGGCCCGGAGUGUAGCAGCAGCCCCUCCCCUGGACCAGAGAGCGGCCUGCUCACUGUCCCCCAUGGGCCCAGCGAGGCAAGGAAUACAGACACAUUGGACAAGCUUCGGCAGGCGGUGACAGAGCUGUCCGAACAAGUGCUGCAGAUGCGGGAAGGACUGCAGUCACUUCGCCAGGCUGUGCAGAUUGUUCUGGCACCCCACAGGGAGGGCCCAUGCCCUCGGGCAUCGGGAGAAGGGCCAUACCCAGCCAGCACCUCCGGGCUUCUGCAGCCUCUGUGUGUGGACACUGGGGCAUCCUCCUACUGCCUGCAGCCCCCAGCUGGCUCUGUCUUGAGUGGGACUUGGCCCCACCCUCGUCCGGGGCCUCCUCCCCUCAUGGCACCCUGGCCCUGGGGUCCCCCCGCGUCUCAGAGCUCCCCCUGGCCUCGAGCCACAGCUUUCUGGACCUCCACCUCAGACUCAGAGCCCCCUGCCUCAGGAGACCUCUGCUCUGAGCCCAGCACCCCUGCCUCCCCUCCUCCUUCUGAGGAAGGGGGUAGAACUGGGCCCCCAGAGCCUGUAAGCCAGGCUGAGGCUACCAGCACUGGAGAGCCCCCACCAGGGUCAGGGGGCCUGGCCUUGCCCUGGGACCCCCACAGCCUGGAGAUGGUGCUUAUUGGCUGCCACGGCUCUGGCACAGUCCAAUGGACCCAGGAAGAAGGCACAGGGGUCUGAAUACCAGCCCUAGAACUUAGUGUUGCCAGGCGUGCUGCCAUCUGCUGUUCGGCCCAACCUCAGAGUGAAGGAAGGGUAGCAGCCACCCCAUGGACUCCAUGCUGCCCGCUGGCUUAGGGCAGAAAGCCUGGAAGGGAAGGAGGGCCUGGUUCCUGACUCUCAGAGGGUAGGCUGGAGCCUUGGGCCAGGCCCCUCCUCAGCCUGCUCCUCUGACCUCCCAGUCUCCCUCUGCAGGCUGGGGGCAGAGGCCCGAGGACAAGGAAGGGCUUUGCCAUCCCUUGCAUGUGCCCCUGCCUCUACCUGUACCCAAUUUUUUAUAUUAAAAAAAAAUAAACUACUUUGGAAC